ACUUUAAUGACUAUAUAAAUUUUAUAUAUAUAUAUAUAUGUGAGAAGUAAGAACAACUUACUCAUGGUGUCGACCAAAUUUAAUUUGGUUCACAAACACACGAAAUUUUAACCUACGAGAUCAUGGAUAGUUUCAGUCCUCAUCAGAAGAAACCCUUGUUAUUACUAUUAUGGUUGUUGUUCGGCAGCUGUUUCGUUUUUACAAACGUUGGUGGAUCGAAAUCAGUGGUGAAGACACUGCCAGGAUUCCCACCUGGGACUACUCUUCCGUUCACACUCGAGACUGGGUAUAUUACGGUGGGGGAGGAGGAGGAUGUGGAACUCUUCUAUUACUUCAUCGAGUCGGAAAGGGAUCCGGAGACUGACCCGCUCCUGUUAUGGCUCACCGGUGGCCCUGGUUGCUCUGGUUUCUCCGGUCUCGUUUACGAAAUGGGCCCAUUAAGGUUUGAUUUCGAAGCUUUCGACAAAGAUGGGUCGGCCCAAUUGAUUCUCAAUCCAUAUUCAUGGACCAAGAGAGCCAAUAUAAUUUUUUUGGAUUCACCGGUUGGGACUGGGUUUUCGUACAACACCACAGAGGAGGGUUAUAAUACCUCAGACACAAAAGCCUCAGAAGAUGUAUAUACAUUUCUUAGAAAGUGGUUUUUGGAGAAUCCUAAAUUUAUGAAGAAUCGCCUCUACAUUGCCGGUGACUCAUAUGCCGGAAAGGUUAUUCCACUGGCCGUGUUGACGAUUGCACAAGGCAUUGAAGCAGGCGUCAAACCAAAAAUGCAUCUCCAGGGUUACAUUCUUGGAAAUCCAGUGACAGAUGACCGCAUUGAUGGAAAUGCACAAAUUCCAUAUUCUCACCGCUUGGCAAUUUUAUCUGAUAAAUAUUACAAGAUGGCAAAAGUCUACUGUAAGGGAGAAUAUACAAAUCCAGAUCCCGGCAAUGCGCUGUGCCAAUAUGCUCUCCAACUUUUUCAGAUGUGCAUCAAGGAUAUAUUCAGAGAUCAUGUCCUGGAACCAGUGUGCAAGCCUACUUUGGGAGAUGAUUAUUCUUUUAUUAGGUUAAUCUCUCCUCGAUCACCUCGCCGCUGUCGCGAUGACAAUUAUAUUGUAUCACAUAUAUGGGCCAACGACAUAGCCGUUCAAGAAGCUCUUCACGUCCGAAAUGGAACAAUCAAAGAGUGGAGAAGAUGCAAUCGAGAAUUGUUACAUUACGACUUCAAUAUGGAGAGCGUUGUUCCCUACCACAAGCUUCUAACUGACAAAGGAAUCCAAGCAUUAGUAUACAGCGGUGAUCAUGACAUGGUGGUUCCAUAUAUUGGUACGCUGGAAUGGAUACGACUUCUCAACCUCACAGUUGAUGACGAUUGGCGACCUUGGCUGGUUGAUGAUCAAGUUGAAGGGUUUGAGUUUCUUUUUCUUCUUUUUUUUUUAACUUUUAAUAAGUAAAAAAACAAUAUAAUCAGCUCCCAAUUUCAUACUGAAAUUAAUAUACUUUCUCAUUUUAGUUUAAUAAUUUAUUAUGAAUAAAUUAAACGAGGCUGAAAGAGUAACGACAAUGAACGAAUCAAAAUAACUAACAAGUGCAAAUGUUUGAGCUUGCCAUUGCCAAAAGUGGUGAAUCUGAAAAUUCACGACUCCUGCUGCAGGUACACGGAAAGAUACAUUCACAAAGAAACUCAAUUUCAUUUGACCUUUGCUACAGUUAAGGUGAGAUUUUAAUAAUAGUGCUUUGAAGACGACAUUGAUAAUUCGUCUUUAUUUACAUGUAUAUAUAUUUAUGAUCUUGCUAGGGUGCUGGCCAUACUGCUCCGGAGUACAAUCCUAAACAGUGUUUAGCAAUGCUUGAACGCUUUCUUGAUUCAGAUUCUUUGUAGAAGAUAUUGAUAAAUUUCGAUGGUCACACACCAUGAUGUAGACUUUCAUCGAAUAAAUAAUUUCAGGUGAUUCUUUUAGAAUUAUUGUAGUAGAAAUCCUUCACCAAUGCUGGAGAGGGUUUAUCGAUCGAUGGUCACCAAAUACUGUAGUUGGUUGGAGAUGAUCAUUUUUAUAGCGGAUGAGAUUCAACCUUCUUACUUUUAGAUCUUUAAUCAUUUGGACUGAUGGUUUAUGACAUAAUUGAGUUUUACAGUCAGUUUCACAACUUUCUAAUAGCACAAACACAAAUAAUGUCGUCCUAGUAAUUUAGGCUUCUUUUGGAUAAGAGUUAUAAAAAGUUGUUCAAAAAAGUCUGUUUGUAGCAAAAGUUGAAAAAGUAUAUUUUGAAAAAUAAUGCAUUUAGACAAAAAUUGUUCAAAACCCUUUUAAUAGUUAAAAAUAUGAAAAAACUAUUUGGAUUAGGUCUUUUUUUCAAAAGGACUUUCUGUUAAAACAUAAUUUGUGAACUUUUUUCUUUUUUAAAAAAAAAAAAUCAUUCUUACACAAAUUGUCGUUUUCAUUUUUUUCACUUUUCUUUCCUAAAUUUUUGUUUUAUUAUUCGCAAUUGUCUUGUUCUAAAUUUUUUUUUUAACACACUUUAUCUUUAGUUUAUUGAGGGUGAAUGAGAUCAGGAGAGACUUAACAAAAUGCCUCAUGAAUGGAGAAGAAAAUGUUGGCCAUAUCAUAAGGGUGAAACUUGAAAAUGGUUGAAACAAUCAAAUGUAAUUUAGUAAAUCAUUUAUUUAUCGUGUAUCAUGUGUAUAUUAUAUAUAUAUAUAUAUAUUUCUCUAUUUGUUGUGUAACAUUAUAU